AUGGAAGAUUUAUGGUCUUCUUCUGAUGAUGAGAUGAUGCGAAUAUUAUCUCAAAGACUUCAGGCACUUUCUAUUAGCAAAGAUACUGAACAUAAUGAUUAUUUAAAUAAUGCAAAUAUUACCCAAAAAAAAAUUAAUACACUAUUUCCAUCUUAUACCAAAAAACGUCCAUUUAAAUCGAUGGAAGAUUUAUUGACUUCAUGCUAUGAAUUUACUGAUAAUAUGCGUAAUUUAGAACAACUUAACAAAGAUUUAUCUGAAUAUACAUUAGAUUAUCCAAAAUACCAAAAUUGUUUGAAAGACUGUAGUGCCACUCGCCUAUCAGGUUAUAUUGAUUUCGAAAGAUCAGUUGACUUUUAUUCAUUAUCAAAAGUAGGAUAUGAAGUUGGUGAACGUUGCAUAUUACAAUUUAUUGUUGUAGGAAAAAAAGGAAACAAUGAAUAUGAAAAAAUUCUUAAAUUUUAUGCAAACAUAUGCUUUCUUGAAUUCAAAGAUGAAAUGUCAGAAACUAUUCAAGCAUCUUUUGAAUUUGAAAGAAAUAUUGGAGCACCAGAAGAUGAAGAAGAGUUAAAAAAAUUAAUUGCUGAGACAGAUAUUAUCAAAAUAUCGUUAGAUCCUGAAAAUGGCAUUUGUUUUGAAUCUUUUGAUAAGAUGUGUUCUUUUUUGGAACCUCUUUGGAAAACAAAUCUUGGUAGAACUCUUAAAAUGCUUUUAAUUGAUGGAUAUUUUCAUUGUCAUGAAGUAUAUAAAGAUUUCAACACAAAUGAACACUGGGUUGCUACAGCUCUUGGUUUGAACAAAGAACAAAGUAAUGCUCUUACUCUUGUUGAAAAUGGAUAUCCUCUUUCUUUUAUACAAUCUCCACCAGGAACUGGUAAGACAACUACUGCAUCUUCAAUUGUUUAUGCUAAUCCACAAUAUAAAUAUGUGAUAACCGCUGAAUCAAAUAAAGGAUGUGAUGCAAUUUCUGAUACAAUAGAAAAGAUGAAAAAAAUGCGACCAUAUAUUUCUUCAUUUAAUGAUUUAUAUGCUUGUAAUGCUAAAAAAGUUAAACCAGUAAGAAUUUACUCAGCUACAGCUAAGAUCAAAAAAAGAAAUAUAAGUAAUUAUUGUGAGUCAAAAUUAAAACUUUCGAGAGAAUUUAUUUUUUCUGAGAAAUUAUCUCCGGUUGAUUUUUCUGUAUUGUCAGAGUAUGCUAAAGUAUCACAAGUUAUUGAAGAAAGAAAAAGGCAUCAACUUACAUUUAAUGAAAUAUCUAAAUUAAAAAAAUCUCUUUCAGUAUUAGAAGAUAGAAGAUCAAAAAUAUUUAUGAGAGUAUAUGAUCCAAAUGCUUAUAUUAUGACAACAAGAUAUGCUGUUAAACAUUUCAAAAGAAAUUAUAGUGAUUGCAAAGAUCCCGAUGUAGUUAUUGUCGAUGAAGGUGGUCAAAUGUCUUUGUGGCAUUUUAUACUUCUUGCUGCUUGUUUCCCAUAUGCUAAAUUUGCAAUUUUUGGUGAUACAAAACAACUUCCUCCAUAUUUACCAAUUGAAUACACUCCUGAAUUAACACAUAGAGUUUUGACAUAUUCUAUAAUUGAUUUUCUUGAGUUUAUGGAUGAGACACCAAAAGUUGAACUUAAUGUAUCUUAUAGAAUGCACCCAGAACUUCUCGGUCUUGUAUCACGUACAUUUUAUGAUAAUAAACUGUUUCCAGGUGUUCCUGAAACUAUGAGAAGUAUUGUUGUCAGUCGUUUAAAAAUGCCAAACAAUUCCCCAAUGGCAUGGUUUGAUACAAAAGGAUGUGAACAUCGUAUGGAUAUGAAAACAUCAACAUCAAAUGAUAAAGAGGCUUAUUUUACUACGGAAUUUGUUAAGCUGCUUCUAGCUUCUGGAUAUCAACCGUCACAAAUAGGAAUUAUAUGUAUGUAUAAAGCUCAAGUAUCAAAAAUAUACAAUUUUUUAUUAAAUCCACAAAUAACCAUUGAUACUGUUGACGCUUUUCAAGGAAAUGAAAAAGACAUUAUCAUUAUUUGCACUUCAAAAACUGCCAAGAAUAAUUUUGAUAAAUGUUCUGAUUUCUUAGGAGAUUCAAGACGUAUUAAUGUUGCUAUUUCUAGAGCACGAUGUGCAUUGUUUAUUUUUGGUGAUUUUGAUUUUUUAACUAAGAAUUUUAAUUGGUCUGCAGUUGCAAAGUUUUUUAAAGUAUCAAAAGCUAUUGAUUCUGCUAAUAACAUGAAUUUACUUUUUCCUAAUAAUACUUCUUUUUCUUAUUAA